AUGGCUGCGAUAAGACCGAUUUGGGCUUCGCCCUUGCCCCAUCUCUUCAUACGAGCUAUCCCGUCCCUCUCAGUCUUCCAAUCUUCAACAUCGAGCCGACUGCUGCAAUAUCUCCCACGCUCUUUUGCCCUAUCCUCCAAGACCAUUGCCCCGGGUGCCAUAGUGCUAGGCCUUCCUUCCAUCCUCUCUGGACUUUGGGAAUCUAUCCUCCGUGCGGUUCCCAAGAAGAAAACCUCUCAUAUGAAGAAAAGACACCGACAAAUGGCUGGCAAGGCUCUAAAAGAUGUGAAAAACAUGACCAAUUGCCCCGGCUGCGGCCAGCCAAAGAGAGCACAUCUACUGUGUCCUACAUGUGUUAGCGAGGUCAAGCAACGUUGGCGAGAAGAGGAAAAACCGGCAAUAUCAGCCUGA